AUGAUCCGCAUCCAACCUUUCGCCCGUUUAUCCAUUCUAGUGCUUCUUGGGUUGGCUAGCUAUGCCAAUGCAGAGGGACAGUACAGUGUGGGUGUCAGCUGGGCGCUACCCGAGACACCCGAGGAUGGCUUGUUGAAGGACUGCAGUCAACUCGAGAGGGACAAGCUGCAUAUUGUGGUAAUCCGUGCGUUGCAGUAUAUUGGUAUUGACAUGGACCACGGUGGUUGGGCAGAAAUGAUCUCUGAAGAUGCACUGCGAGAUAGAUACGCCCUAUGGAAGAAAAAGUACGCCGAGGAGUUCGAGGACACAGACGAAGGUUUUGAAGAUAACCUCGAUUUUGGAGAAAAGAGCUGGAGUGACGCCAUGAAGGAGUACAACGAUCUCAAGAAGGCUGUUGUGGAGAAAAAGAAAACCGAUCUAGAACUCAAGAAAGAAGCCGCUGAGAAGGCCAAGAGUCAAGCUGAUCAGCUUCAAGCGGAAGCUCGGAAAGCUGAAGAGGAAGCAGAGAAGGCUUUGAGAGAAGCGGACAAAGCGGCGAAAGAAGCCACCAAACUUGAGAGAGAAGCUGGCAUGUCCGACGAGCCAGAUGAAGCUUGCGACACCACUGAAGAGUUUGUUUGUGCCGAUGGAUCUCUUGUCACCAGGAUUCUUCCUGGCUGUUUGUUUGAAGACUGCCCUAUCAGUACUACUUCCGACAAUGCCAGUGACCCUCCCAGCUCCAGCCCCACUGAAAUUCAGAGCUCCAGCCCCAGUCAAGCUCCCACGGAAGACGACACCAACGAUGGCGAGGACAAGGAUGCGCGUUCCCUUGCGGAGGAACAGUUGGAUUUCUUGGAGUACGAAGUCGAUCUUUCCACGUUCGAACCCUGGAAACACACUGGUGAAAGCAAUCGUCGACUUGGGGGGCACUGCGACGAUGCAGCGGCCUAUUGCAAACGUGGGAUGACAUACUACUGUAACUAUUGCUGUAAAUGCAGCGGCCGCCGCCGCCGUCGUCGUGGGCUACGCCAGCAGCAGGAACGAGAGAUGAUGAAGAUCUAUUCCGGUGAGGACAUUGAGAUGACAACGAAGCUCGCCUGGACAGCCAUUACGGCAAUGAUGGAAAAGUUCGAAGAUGACGAAGAGCACAACCAGCACAACAGAAUCGAGUGUUUGAAGUAUCCUGUGGAGGUAGUUGUGAAAAUGCAGGGUGAGCAUGGCAACAUUCACACAGCUGGACCAGAAUCUCCGGUCUAG